UCAUGUUCCCGUUGACUGCUCGAAAUAAAUAACAGACGUACAGUACCGACGAUUGAAACUAGAAAUUAAAUUUCUAGUCGAGAUAAAUAUUAUUAUAAUACGUAAUUAUAAUAUUAUUUGAUAUCUUAAUUCUGAAUACCAUACUAAUAGAUUUUUGUUUACAAAACAAUCAAGAUAUCAUUAUGGAUGAAGUACUUGAAAGAUUAGAGACUACUCUCAUCAGUGAAGAAGGAAAAGAAAGUAACAAAACUAAUUUUGAAAACCUCUAUAAAUAUGCUGGUAGGCUGGGUAAUCAAGAAGAAAGACGAAGAGAAAUCUUGGAAAUUCAGAAAAGCAAUCGCAAUGAUAAAUUAGAUAAAUUUAGAGGUAUACUGGAGCUUGUAAAUGCUGUUGAAGAAGACACAGUUUUCAAAACUAAAAGAGUAUAUUAUAGACCAAAUAUCUAUGUUGCUGGAUUUAACCGAGCACCUCCUACAUAUAGCAAUGUGUUAAUGCUCUCAGAAUGGAUUAUUGAGAAACCAGAUGAUUUUAAUGAGAAUUGGUAUGUGACUCCUUGUCCCAAAGGAACUCGAUUGCUGGUUGUUGCACAUCAGGGCAGCACAAAGUGUUACACAAAAUAUGGCCAUUUUAGACAUGAAUUUCGAACCGAACUCCCUGGGGGUAACACAUGUAAUGCUUACAAAAAAAAAUGCUGUGUGUUAGACUGUUUCUAUCAAGAAGCAAAUAAUACAAUGUACAUAUUAGAUUUACUUGCAUGGAAUAAUCAACCUAUGACUGAUUGUGAGACAGAAUUCAGACAUUAUUGGCUGGAGACACAACUUUCUGAAAUACCAGGUCUUAAGGUGAUAAGUAAAAGAAACAAGGUCAUUUUUAGUUUGUUGCCAAAAGUAUCAUGUACUCCAGAAUUAUUUAAUAAUUUUAUGACAACUUACCCAGCUUUUCCUAAUAAUAUACCUGCUAUAGAUGGCCUAUUGUUUUAUCACAAGAGAGCUCAUUAUGUAGCUGGAGAAACGCCAUUGGUUGGUUGGCUUUUUCCUUAUAUGGUGCAAGAGGUGUUGGGUUCAGAAAUCACAGUCAAUGACAGCUACUUGGCUAAAAAACCAAUAAAUUAUGUGAAUCAGGCAGACUUCAUAGAGAAAUUUGAAGCAAAAUAUCAAAAGAAGAACAGAACCCGGCGGACUAGUACAAAUUCUAUGGAUACUUCAGAUAGUAUUAAAACUGAGACAAAUACACCAGAAAAAAAACAAAAUGCACUAAAUAACAAUGACUUCAAUGAAACAGAAAAUAUGGAAGCCGAAGAUAAUGGCGGAAAAGAAAAAGAAAGUGUGACUGAAUGUGAAAAUAUGGAUUCAGAAUCAAUAGCAGUAACUAAAUGUGAAGAGGAAAAGAAAGAAUGAUGAUUUUUAAGUAAAGAGUGAUGACUGUAUUUAAUGAUAUUAAAUAUCGAACACUGUGUUAUGAAUUAUACAAAUCAUUAAAUAGAAAAAAAGUAAUGUGUAGAUAAAAUUUGUUGUUGAUUUAUAUCAUAAUAUAGCUCUAAUUUUAAAUACUUAAAAAUGUCUACCGUUAUAGCUGUAUAGAAAGAAAUGAAAAGUUUAAGGAAAUUUUACUUGUUAAUUCAUUGUUCAUGCUUUUUAGAGUGUCUAAUUGUGUAGAACUAUGCAUUAGUAAAUGUUUUCAAAUUAAAAUUAUAAAGUGUCAUAAAGAACAUAUUUAAUUACGUAAUGACCCUUCAAUACUGAAUUUUUUAUUUCACUGUUGUAAACAAAUUCAUUACAUAAAUAUGGCUAAUUUUAAUUAAGCCCAGUGAUGUACUACAAAUCAGUUUGUAUUUAGACACAAAUAGACAUAUCUAAUACAGCAAUUUACUAUAUUUGUAUUUUUUUUUCUUCUUUUAACAUAAAAGUAUUGUAACUGAUUGCAAAGAUCUCUGUAAAAAGUAAUAUUUUUAAACAUUGUACUGCAUUUAUUCGAAUUUACGAUAUUUCGUAAUAUUUGUAUGUGUGCGUAAAGUCACUUGAGUAAAGGUUACUGAAUCUAUAA